AUGGAACAUCAGCUGCUGUGCUGCGAGGUGGAGACCAUCCGACGAGCCUACCUAGAUGCCAACCUCCUCAAUGACAGGGUGCUGCAGACAAUGUUGAAGGCGGAGGAGACCUGCUCGCCCUCCGUCUCCUACUUCAAGUGCGUGCAGAAAGAAAUCUUGCCAUAUAUGAGGAAAAUAGUUGCCACUUGGAUGUUGGAGGUUUGCGAGGAGCAGAAGUGCGAAGAGGAAGUUUUCCCCUUGGCUAUGAAUUAUUUGGACAGAUUUUUGUCGUUUGAACCCCUCAAGAAGAGCCGAUUGCAAUUGCUCGGAGCUACCUGCAUGUUUGUGGCUUCAAAAAUGAAGGAAACUAUUCCUCUGACCGCAGAAAAACUGUGCAUUUAUACAGAUAACUCCAUUAGACCCGACGAAUUACUGCAAAUGGAGCUGCUUCUGGUGAAUAAGCUGAAAUGGAAUCUGGCUGCAAUGACCCCCCACGAUUUCAUUGAACAUUUCCUUACUAAAAUGCCUCUGGCAGAGGACACCAAGCAGAUCAUCCGUAAACAUGCUCAGACUUUUGUGGCUCUGUGCGCUACAGAUAUUAAAUUUAUUUCAAACCCACCUUCCAUGAUCGCAGCUGGCAGUGUGGUAGCAGCUGUGCAAGGCCUGCAUCUGGGAAACACUAACACUCUCCUCUCCUAUCAAUGCCUCACACAUUUCCUAUCACAAGUUAUCAAAUGUGAUCCGGAUUGUUUACGAGCCUGCCAAGAACAGAUUGAAUCCCUCCUUGAAUCCAGUCUACGUCAGGCACAGCAGCACAACGUAUCUUCAGAAACAAAGACUGUAGAGGAUGAAGCAGACCUUUCCUGCACACCUACUGAUGUGCGAGAUGUGAACAUUUAA